CUCUAUGAUUGUGAAGCGAAGAAUCUGUCCAGUCUGAUUAGUCGGUAUUCGACGUGUGCAAGAAGCCCGUUGACCGAGAAGGCGCGCCUAUGUAAGCCGUACUAUAGCCGUACAACGGAGUGCGCGCGCGAUUUGCACUUUGAUUGCGUAGACGUGCCGGUACCUACAUUGUGAAGAGCUACCCCUUGAGCAGGCAGACUGGCUGAUGCGUAGGUUGGCUGCGUCCCAGUUAAACGUGCGCUCCUCAAUUUGAAACGUGUUUGUAGUACGUUCCCGUUGAUGCAAGUGCGCGCGUAGUCACCGAUGGCGAAAAGCUUGUUUGUUACAUAUUUACUAUGGCUUACAAUAGGUAUACUAGGUGCACAUCACUUCUACCUUGGUCGCGACCGCCAAGCUUUUGUGUGGUGGAUGACACUGGGUGGUUACUUCGGCCUUGGCUUGAUCAGGGAUAUUUGGCGAAUCCCAUAUUAUGUCAAAUACGCCAACAAAGAUCCAGAGACUCUCGACAAGUUGAAGGAAAAAAUACGCAAACAUGCGAAGCCGCCGUCAAGUACUGUUAGAUCUAUAGGGCAAAUGAUAGUUUCAGACGCCCUCGGUUACAUGAUCUUGUACGCCAUACCAGUGGAAUACAUUCCUGCGGACUACAUGGCUUUCGCUGCUCUACCAGUGCCACUGGCAGUUGCAAUUGGUGUCCACUUGGUGGGCAACAUAGGGGAACAAGAAGGCAACUUCAAAAUGCCAUUGUUGGGAGCAUACAUGACAUACCCACUCUACUUCUUCAGCACGCACAGCGUCUUUUGGACCAGCCUGGCCUCUAGCUACUUCUUCAACAACUAUGCUAAAACGUGGCGCCUUAAGCCACGGCCUGCCAAGCCAUUGUGCCAGCGGCUUGUAGUGUUCAUCACAUGUGGCCUGCUCUACAGCUCUAUGUGGGCCUCAUGGCUGUACUUCAACUGUAGCAUGACUGACAAAGAUGGCACUGAGGUCAAGUGCCGCGACUCAAUCCAGCACUUCUUUAGCAGCCCUUUGUGGCAGGACUUCAAAAGCGUCAUGGUGGGUAUGUACCACCAGGUGCGACUUCAGGGCUGGAGUGAACUCUGGCGGCUCUUUAUGGAGGCUCUUGAUCCUCAAGGAGAAGCCAAUGCCCUUAAGGUUCUUGGUGUUCGAUCCAGUGCCUCCCAAGAAGUCAUCACAGCAGCUUAUCGCAAGCUGGCUCGCCAGUGGCAUCCUGAUCGUUUUAAAGAACAUGGUCAGAAACUGGAAGCUCAAGAGAAAUUUAUUGAGAUUCAGAAGGCAUACGAGGUCAUCUCCAACUUGAAAUCGCGACGACUAAAAAAGAAUGCUCAAGAACCUGAAAACCCAAGUGAUGUUCGGAGCGAGUUCUGAUGUGCUCAACAGUUCCAAUUUGCUGGGUGCACUUUUUCCAAGCAGACUUUAAAUCUGAACUGAACUUCUUUGGGGGCAUUGUUCAUUGUUUUUUUGAGUUGGGUGGGAUAUGUGCAAGCAGUGGUGCCUUUUUUUUUUCCAUUGAUUUAUUUAGGCAUACAUGGCAACAUAAGGUUAGGGUAGCACAUUGCUUCCUAUUACAUUGCACAUACACCCAUGCAUCAGUGUUCUGCUACCAAAGUGCAAAAAUUAUACUCAUUUGUUCAGUGUAAUUGUGCUUUAAAAUAUAUUGGUUCUGUGAGACAUUACAUUCCAAAGAUUUUUAUUUCUGUUAUUUAAAUAUGUGCCUUUUGUUGACUGCACACCUAGGCAUGUCUUUCAUAGUUGCGUUUAUGGCUGCAGAAAGAUUUGAAAUGUUUCUACAAGAACUUGCAGCAUGGUGUGGUAAACAGUGAAGAAUCAUUGUAUUACUUUUUAGGAAGCAAACACUGCAUAGAGGUUUCUGCAUGAUGUCUUACUCAGGGGAGCACCACUUUCAAUGUCAGUUUGUAUUGCACUGAAAUCUUGGCUUAGUUAAUGUUCCUAAUUUUAUUAUUCUUUGUGAAAGAAGUUAGGAGGCACAAGAAAAUUUAACUGAUUUGUGCAUAAAAUAAGUUGGCCAGUGUGGCUAUUUAAUUGUUUGUACAUUUAUAAUGAACUUUUGACAGAAAGUGAACACGUUUGAAGUAAAAUAGUUGCACUAAUGAAUAUAUUAAAUUCUCGUGGUGGCUAAAGACUAAAGGGUGUGAAAGGAAUGUAACUUGUGUGUUAGAAACAGUUAUGCAGUGACAGAAUAUGCUUUUUGAAUAUUUGUGCAAUAAUCCAUUUGGUUUCUGCCUACAUUUUUGUGACAAGGUUUGCACACGAAAAAGGUUUGUGCAGUUACAUAAAGUAUACUUAUGUGAGCAUGUGUAUGGAUUUUUAUAUUUUUGAUCUCCUUUGGCAUAAGUUCUUGCUGCAUUGUUGAGCUCAUUUUGUAGCAUAUGCCUCCAAAUCAAGUGUGCAGUGCCUUUAUAUCAGUAUUGUUGGAUGGGUGUACACAUGUAAAUCACACUGAAGGCACUAACAUUCUUUUGUGCCUUACUGGAACAAUUAGCUUGCCUAUUGUGGAAUGUCUUUACCAAUUCCAUUGUGUGAUCAAGCUUGCUGAAUGGCUGCUUUCCCAUGUGAGAAAUUUAUGGCCAUGCCUUGCUGCCAUAUCUGUGAUUGUCCUAGAGUGAUGGCUCCUACUGUUUGUGGUACGGCAGCUGUAUUAUUUUAUGCAUAACUUUGAUGGCAAGCACUGCACUUAGCUUGUCUGUGUAUGCACCUAUAGCCACUUACAAAGAAUCAGAGGUUGUGAUACUGGGAAAAAGAAACUACUUUAUGGAUUGUCCUGUGACAAAUGAGUUGCCUUCUAUAAAUCUGUUUGUAAUGUAUAUGUGAUCUAUAUGUGGUGAAUGCCUUGAAUAAGUUGCUGCCUGCACCAUGUGGAAGGUUCCAUGACAAGUAGAGUGGGACGAGUUGAGGUGUGCUGUCAAGAGCCUAGCUCUGCCUAAACUCUGCAGCCACCAGUCACCAAGAAUCCAGUAUGGUCAUGGCUAGAGGUAAAUGUAGAUGUGAUGGCAUGGUCUGCACCAGUUCCAUCUGUGCAAGUGUCUGUAGAUGCUUACAAAGAAUGCUCAAUCGUUCUAGAGCGCAAAUAAAGUAGUCAGGGAAAAUUCACAUCGAUAGGGAAAGUCUGGCUGCUGACCGUGAAUACGGAUGAAAGAGCCAAAGAAAGCUAUUCGCUUAAAGGGGCCAUGACAGCAAAUUUUCGUGCUUAAAUUAUGCAUUGCAUGUUAAACCAUACGCAUCCCACAGCAACAAAGUGUGAAUGCAUUCAUUGCAGUGAAAAAUUUGUAGUAUUUGAAUUUUUUAAUGUCGCAGUUGAACUGUAAAGCAGUGUGGCAACAGGAAGUGGUUACGAAAUAAAUAGACACCUCUGGAAACGGCUCCCUGGGCUAACAGA